CUCCACAACCGACAAAUAAACACAAACAAAGGAGUUUCAUAAAUAUGGACGAAAAAACAUAAUUGUAUACCUCACCCUCUUCCUUGCUUACCCCGUGAUUCUCACCAAAUGCACCUCAAAUUUAACUCUCACAUUCUAUUCUUGCUUCUUAUAUUAUUACAUCUCUAUCUUAUCCCUUCAAAAACACACUAACAGUUACCAACAAGACACAAAUUUCUGCACCCUCAUGGCCACUCUGAUGAAGCUGUUCUUUUCAUUUGCCAUUUCGGUUAUCUUGCUUUCAAAGGGUGUGAGUUCAACUACAACUGAGCCUACAAUUUCAGCUUCUCCAGGAGUUUUGCCUUAUGUGUCUGCUCCAGAUAUUUCAUCAUUUUUUCCCACUCCAAGUGGCUAUCAACCACUCAGUUAUGAUACUUCUUCUGAGGCACCAGCUCCAGCACCCUCUUCAGGGGAAUUUCAGGGCAAAAUCUCUUCUGCUUCAGCUAGCUUCCAUUCUGCAGCUCUCAUUGUUUCUGUUCUGCUAUCUUUUGCAGUCAUGAGUAGUAGCAUGGUUAUUGUUUGAGUAUUUACUAUAUAAUUUUGUCUUCUCUUCAA